AUGGAGGAAUGCUUUGAUCCAAAUGAGCCAGAGGAACAGCCACGUGGCGCACGGAUUUGCGACAUUCUGGCAGCAGCCAUGGAGAAAGCCCGUGCUGGAGAGGGUGAAACCAUUUUUGUGGAUUGCAGUACUUCCAGAGAGCGGAAUGUGGAGAGUGCGGCAAAUGUGCUGACAUGCGUGACUCCCAAGCAUGAGAUCUAUUUGAAUUUGCUUUCCAGAUAUGUGAAGCCACAGGAGUACCUCAAUGCUCAAGGGAUAUGGCGCGUAGAUGCAGAGAAUGUCCAGGCAUAUGACAAGAUGCUAGAGAAUGGCCUGGCACAGGAAUUGGCUGGGAACUCCUUCACCAGCACUGUGGUGCAGGCAGUGGUUUUGGCAUCCUUUGUGACCUGCGAGUGUUGGUUGCACAUUGAUCUGCAAGAAAUGCCCGCCAAGCCCAUGGUGGUGAUUGAAAUGAUUCGCGGUGACAUCAAGGCAACCGGCCUUGAGACUACCAAACAGCAAGAUGAGGAGCUUGCAUCCAUGUCGCCUCAGCGUCUCCACAAGUUCUUCCAGGAGCUGGCAGACAAUGCUGAAUCUUUGCUCCAGCCUAUCAACAUGGACAUAAACGAUGGUGCUCUCCUGAACCUAGGAAACCUGGACAAGAUGCGCGAGGAGAUGAAUCAGCCACGUGGUGCAAUGGAUGAUCUUCUGCACCUUACAGACUUACCGGAUGUGGACGGGGAGGACGUCGAUGGCACGUUGGUUCACAUGAGGGUCCAAGAACUAGCUGGUGAGACCAAGCUUUGCUGGGCAAUCCAGAAGGGUGAUGAUAGCUCCACUCGUGUGGCGCUGCCUACAUAUAUCAGUCAAGUGCUGGAGAUGAGAGUAUGUAGCUUUGUCAGUGAGCAUUCAGCAUGGGAAACAAGAAUUGAGGGUCGGUUUGCUCAGGGCAAGAAUUUAAGCAGCCGACAACAGAAAGCGUAUGAUCAAUGGAAGUUGAGAUGUGAGCAGCAGCUGGUGUUCUCCAAGCAACAUGAGUGCCUGGUGUGUGAUUCCAAAGAUGUUGAUGAGAGGUGCUUCUCAAUUGACCUUUUGCUGCGUGAGGAUCCUGAGAAGCUGAAGGUCAAGGCCAGCGACGGGUCUGAGUACAGGCUUGUCUUGUUGCAGAGUGCCCCGUCCAUCCAACCUCAUGAUGACCUACCCUCAGAACUGGAUUUGGAAUUGCCCGAGGGCAUUGCUGAAGGCAUGGAACUAGCGGAAGAGGGUUCAGCUGAAUCAGGCGAGGAAGCUGCACCCGAUGAGUUUGCUGCUCUUCAAGAGGCAGAUGAGCAGUACGCCCAUGACAACCUGGAAGCUGAGCCUGAUGCAGAUCUGUUUGCACUAGCAGAUUCAGAUGAGGAAAUAUGUUUGGAUGAGGACAACAUCACGCAAAGAAGGUGA